AUGCUUUCAGGCCAAAGACCUCAUCGAGCUGCUAUUACUGAGGCGCCGUAUCAAAAAUCACUUUAUGUGGCACCUCUUAGGCAUAAAUCUCCUUCACUUCCGAUGCUAAGGGCACCCAAUAUGCAAAACCUCAAUUUUCACCCCCUCGGCCUUCAGCCACUCAACUCUUUCAGGGCAAAAUUACCAACACGUGCCUUUGCUGAAAAGAUGACCGAAGACACGGAUCAGACACCUCGACCGCUAAGCAUCAGAAAGCUUCGAAAAUCGCCUUCAUUGCCUGUGGGCCGUGAGUCAAAACAGGUGCACUUUCCUCGACGACCACCGCCGCAAUCAAGAAGCUUCCUUGGAGUUACUUUUCCACCGCAACCAAAACAACGUAGCAGCUCCACGGGUGUUUUGCUAACAGAUAAAAAUAAUAUUAACAAACAAAGAACUGGGAAAGAGACUUUACGAAGAUCCUCUACUGCUAAGACUGAUAAAAAGAGAGAUCUUCCUGGUGCAGGUAUGGCAUGGUUACAGAGGCCACGGAAUUCUCGACAACCCGCCAGUACACCUACUACCAGUUCUCAGGAUUCUUCAAUUAGGAACUCUCUCGAUGAUUACACACCGACCCCAGAGUCUGGUUAUGUGACGGCCCCCACACACCGCUCUCCGACAGAGCCAGGGAGUCGGAAUAGCAGCGGGGAUGCAACAGCUGGAAGUUCAUAUAGAACGCGUUCUUAUGGGUCAGCAGAAGUGAAAAUUGAAAUCUCACCAGAUCAGAUUGAGACAGAUGUUGUACAGCAUGGGAAAAAGGGAUUCAAACUUCGCAGGGCUUCAAGCACAGGAGCACAUGGAUCUAAGAAAAGGGUGGAUUCGAAGUCAGAAAAUAUUUCAUCUGAACCAAUCGAAAAAGUUGCUUCGAAGGGGUGGAAGGAUAAAGUUUUCUCGAGAGACUUUUUCACUCGAGUCGGUGGUGGUGGGGCAAAUGUUCCGAAAAAAGAAACCAAACCAAAAGUAAAGGAACGGAGUAGUAGUAGCUCUUCUACAACAAUGGCAACAACAAUAAAAAAUAUAGGAGCUACGGGACUAUUAAACGAUGGAGAAAAGUCAACCUCCGUGAAACGUGUGCUUUUGAAAACCAGCCAGAGCUGGUGCGAGCCAGGGACCUUGAGGAAAGCAAAUGAUAUUAGCAGACCGCACUGGGAUGCUAUUAGUGAGAGCAACAAUACCGGAAAUUUCUUGGGACAAGGAAAUAAAGGGAACUUUAAUGAUAGUGUUCUCGGCAUAUUUGAAGGAAGUACCGGUGGUAUGACUCGGACCAGAUUAAAAAAAACAGGCCAAUGGAAACCUCCGAUAUUACAACUUCAAAUGGAAGUCGUCUCAGAGACGGAAAAAGUCCCGAUAUCCUACCCGGGGUCGCAAGGAACUGAGAAAGCUACCUGGAUAUCAAUAGAGCUAGAUGCUUCUGUCGACGGCGGCACUGAGGGAUUUCAAGGAAGCAAAGUUGGACUGGAUGUAGGAAUUCUAAUCGAUACCUCGUGA